AACGAUGAGCUUCCUGACUCUUCCCCCCAGCUGACUGAACAAGCUGAACUGGCUCAGAAAUCAUAUGACUUCCUCAGGCACAAGUGCCCGGUGCUCUAUUGACGCAGGUCGUUCACUGACAUGGCGAUAACACUGUGUGCUGUUUUUCUACUUAUUGCUUCUAUUCACGCCUGUGAUGGACAACUUUCCUUUGCCUCCUACUACGGAGACCACAUGGUGCUGAAGAAGUCUCCAGAGAAAGCUGUGCUGUGGGGCUACGGCCCCGAGGGUGAAGAGGUCAUCCUCUUCUUGUUAGGACCGGUAAACCAGAAAACCUCAUCCACUGUGACAAAAGGCAUCUGGCGAGUCACCCUUGACCCCGUUGAGGCCGGUGGUCCCUACAAUGUGUCGGCAUUUAUUGGCAACAGCAUAGCCUCUCUGACAGAUGUGCUGUUUGGAGACGUUUGGCUGUGCGGAGGACAAAGCAACAUGCUCUUUGAAGUAUCUCAGCUUUUGAAUAAAUCAGAGGAGCUGGCCAUCGCAGAUAAGUAUCCUCAUGUGAGGACUUUCAUGGUGGCCUUGAACCGGAGUGACACUGAGCUGAAUGACCUGAUUGAGGUGAAGUUUCCCUGGUCUGUGCCCACAGCAAAUAAUCUUCCUGGGUUCUCUGCAGUGUGCUGGCUCUUUGGCCGUUACUUGUAUGAUUACCUGAAGUACCCAAUAGGAUUGGUGGAGUCGUGUUGGGGAGGCACGCCAAUCGAAGCGUGGUCAUCUUCGAGAGCACUGCAGUACUGUGGACUAAUGCCGACAGAAACCAACAUGUUUCCACCGCUCACCCACUUGGAGGACAAUUCUGUCAUGUGGAAUUCGACGAGCAUGUUUCCACCGCUCACCCACUUUGAGAACAAUUCUGUCAUGUGGAAUUCGAUGAUCCACCCGUUACUCAACAUGACCAUCAAAGGAGCAAUCUGGUACCAAGGAGAGGCAAAUACAGUAUAUCAUGAAGACCAGUACAACUGUUCUUUCCCUGCUAUGAUUGAUGAUUGGAGGAUGGCGUUUCACAAGGGCUCAGGAGGGCAGACCGCUAUCGACUUCCCCUUCGGAUUUGUCCAACUGUCCACUAACCAAAAAAGCGCCAUAUAUGAUGGCUUUCCAGACAUCCGUUGGCACCAGACAGCCGACACAGGCUUUGCCCCAAACUUUCGGAUGAAGAGGACAUUCAUGGCUGUGGCUAUGGAUUUGCCGGAUGAAAAAUCACCCUACGGCACGAUCCAUCCCCGUGACAAGCACGAUGUAGCUAACAGACUGACAUUGGGAGCAAAGGCAGUGGCUUAUAAUGACAAGGACGUGUCCUUCCUCGGACCAUUUCCCAGCCAAAUCAUGUCCUCUAAAAUGUUUGUCAGCAUUACCUACAACCAGACAGUCUUUGUCAAACCAUCUAAAGACAUCUUUGAGAUCUGUUGCUCGGAGAGUUUAGCUCCAUGUGGGCCUAAGUCCAACUGGGUUCCAGCUCCCAUCAUCCUGUGGGAUCAUACUACCGUUGAGUUAGCUGCCAUUUAUUGUCCACAUACUGAUAAAGUAGUUGCUCUUCGAUAUGCAUGGAGAGACUGGCCCUGUGACUUUAAAGCCUGUCCAAUCUAUAGUGCCACUAGUAAUUUACCUGCACCUCCAUUUGUUAUUAACCGCAAAACAGCCAAAGGAACCAUUUGGAAAAAGCACUGAACCAGAAACUAAUUGUCACUCUGGCAAGAAACAAACCACUUUUGGAAAUUUGCCAUUAAAAAAUGCCUAUAAAACACUCUACACUGUUAAAACCAAUGUCAAUAAUUGCUGGACUGUAUGAAUAUAGUAGAUCAUGACAGAAUGUUUUAUUUGAACAAAUGUUUAUAGCACAAAUGAGUCCUUUCGACUUGUAUCAUUUGCACAAAUAAAUGACAAAUCAACAAUUAA